AUGGCUCGUAAACUAUACUACGUCGACUUAAAUGGCUUGGCUGAGUCAAUCAGAUACAUUUUGCACUAUUCUGGUCAGACAUUUGAGGACAUCCAGUACGAUCAUACGAAGUGGCCCAUCCAAGAAAUUAAAGACUGGCUGCCCUACGGACAGUUUCCUCUGUACGAAGAGGGGGGUAAAACAUUAAACCAAUCAGCAGCUAUUGGCCGGUACCUUAGUGUGCAGGCUAACCUUCUGCCUGAAGACGCUUGGGAACAAGCUGAACUAGAUGCUACUGUCCUAAGCAUCCAUGAUUUUUGGUCAAGGGUCGCGGUUUAUAUUAAGGAAAAGGAUCCUGACAAGAGAGCAGCUAUCAAGAAGGAGGUACUAGAAGAACGCAUCGACUACUACUUCAGUCGUUUCGAAAAGGAGUUAAAGAAGAACAAUGGCCAUUUUGGCAAAAAGUUGAGCUGGGCUGACUUCGUCCUCGUCGGCUUCGUUGAAGCUACCAACCUUUGCUUUGACAUUGAACUUCAGAAGCAAUUCCCAACGGUUAACGCUUUAAUCAACAAAGUGCAAUCACUUCCUGGCGUCAAGGAAUAUAUUGCAAAGAGAAAGGUCUACCGAGUCUAA